AUGGCAAGUGUCGAGGUUGGAAAAUUUCCAGAGCCGGCAACUACCUUCCCUUGUUGGGCUCCGUGGUGGGCGAUGCCGCCGGACCCGAAUCACUAUCAAAGUUCUAUGGGGUCUAACGUCGUCGAAGCCAAAUCUACUACUCGUUACAUGGUCAUUCAUACACCUAGCACUUUUAAUUCCAUUUCUCCUUUUCUCAUUAAUAAACUUAUUUUAUCUGCUAUUGGUGAGGUACAAAAUAUAAAAAAGUUACGCUCUGGUGAUCUACUAUUGCAGGUGUCCGAAAAACAAGCAUUGCAGAUCAGUAAAAUGACUACACUGGGUUCCUUUCCAAUACAAGCAUCGUACCAUAAAACAAUGAAUAUGUCACGUGGCGUACUUUCCGAACCCGAUUUUAUAGGGGUUUCUGAAGCAGAAUUUUUGGAAGAGCUACGAGAUCAAAAUGUGUGUGCCGCUCGUCGCAUUAAUAUUCGAAGAGGUGACAGACUUGUUCCCACGCAACAUGUUGUUCUUACAUUUCAAACGCCGGUUUUGCCUAAAUCCAUCAAAGGCGGUUAUAUUAAUUGCAAAAUUCGACCUUACAUCCCCAAUCCUCUACGAUGUUUUAAAUGUCAGAGGUAUGGACAUUCACAAAUAGGUUGUCGAAGCAAUUUGCAUAUUUGUGGUAAAUGUGCAGAAUCAGGCCAUGAAAUGAAUGCUUGCACAUCUGACUUUCUGAAAUGUGUCAACUGUUCUGGCUCCCAUGCUGCAUUUUCCAAAUCCUGCCCUAAAUGGAUCUUGGAAAAAGAAAUAAUUUCCAUUAAGAUAAAAAAUAACAUAACUUUCCCGGAAGCCCGAAAAAUUGUGAAUGAUAGAACUCCAAAAAUUGGCGUUUCCUAUUCAUCGGCUCUUAAAUCAAUUCAGAACACAUCUUGCUCCCAAACUGAUGCAAGCAUUACCCACUGUCACUGCGUAAUAAUUAAUCCAGUGCCACCUUAUUACCAACCAUCUACUUCCGCUCAAGCACAAAAAAGUUUUACAAUCUCAGAAAAUUUGUCUCCAAAAAAAUCAGCGGCACGACUUCCUGGUGUUUCAAAAAAAGAAACUGCCAAAAACAGGAAGAAACUGAAAUCGCUUGCAACAAAACCUCAUGUUGCCGAAGAUUUUAAAAAAAUUAACACUUCAUCAUCUGAAUUUUCAGAUAUGGAGCUCGAUUCUUCAGCUUCACACAAGAAAAUUCCUGCAGAGGGUAUAAAGAAGAAGAAAAAACCUCCAGAUAAAAAUUGA